GGCACGUGGCGCCCGGUGCUUCCCCCGCCCGGCAUGGAGCGGCGGCGCGCGCCCGCCGCCAACCGCCGUUACCGGCAGCGCCGCUUCUGGGACGCGCUGUACCGGCAGGAGGGCGCCGAGCCCCGGGAGUGGCUGGGGGGGCUGUCCCGGUUCCUCCCGCAGCUGGAGGCCGAGUUGCGCCCCGGUGACCGCAUCCUCGUUCUCGGCUGCGGCAACAGCGCCCUGAGCCACGACCUGCACGAGCUGGGCUACACCGACGUCACCAGCAUCGACUUCUCUCCCGCCUGCAUCGCGGCCAUGCGCGCCCGCUACGCCUGCUGCCCCGGCCUGCGCUGGGCCGUCAUGGACAUCCGCGCCCUCGCCUUCCCCGAUGCCACCUUCGACGUGGUGCUGGAGAAGGGCACCCUCGACGUGCUGAUGGUGGAGGAGACUGACCCGUGGGAUGUCUCGCCCCAGGCGACCGCUGCGAUGCACCGGGUGCUGGCAGAGGUGAGCCGGGUGCUGCGCCCAGGGGGCUGCUUCAUCUCCAUCACCUUCGCCCAGCCCCACUUCCGCAAGCCCCACUAUGCCCAGGAGGCCUUCGGCUGGUCCCUGCGCCACACCGCCUGCGGGGACGGGGACGCCAGUGCCUUCCACUACUUCCUCUACGUCAUGCGCAAGGGGCAGCUCCUGGACCCCUCGGACCUGGCCCUGGGGCGCCGGCUGCACCAGCCCCCCCCACCCCCUGCCCCGCCACCGCCCACUGCCCCCCCAGACAAUGAUGAAGACUAUCUCCUUGCCAUCCAGCUGUGACGGGGGGGGGGGGGGGGGGCUUCCCUGGUCUCCCUGCCCACCCAGUAAAGCCUUAAGCUGCUCCACCCUCGUGGGUGGGGGACGGGGAACCAGUGCGUUUGCCCCCCCGGCUGCCCAGUGAUGUGAGGAAUAGCAGGAAGGGGGGGGUUGGCCUCUUCCCAGGGGCAAUGGGAUGCUCUGGGGAGCGGGAAAUGCUGUGCCCCCCCCCCGGCCCUUCCCUCACAUGGCUGGAGAGCAGCCAGGGCUCCAGGCUUUGCAGCCAGUAAUGAAACCAAAUCGGGUUUAAUUCCACCCAUCCAUCUUGUGGGGAGCAGCUCCCUGCCCACCCACGCCCCCCGGCAGAGGCUGCGGGCAGGAUGGGGCUGCUGGCACUGGGUGCAGGUGGUAGGAUGGGGGGUCCCUGCUGCCCCUCGUCCUGCCACGGGACCCCCAGACCAGCUUCCUCGGCCAUGGGGGUGCACAAGGGCACAGUGUCCUUGUCACCCCCAGCCAGGCAGAGGGGGGGGUCCGGGUUGGGACGUGGCAGUGCGGGGCUGGGGGCACUGCAGGGUGCAUGUGCAGGCAGAGUGGCAUGUCCGCCCCUGUCCCCCUCCAUCCCCGCUCCUGGCUGCGGUGACAACCCCGGUGUGCCACACACGCCCGGCCUGUGUCUGCCCGUGCCUGGGGCCGACAGCGCGGUGACAGGCGUGCGCCGGGGCUGGUGACAGGCGUGCCACCGUGUGCCGGCAGGGCUGGCUCUGCGCGGGUGCUGGUGUGGCGGCUGCAGCGGGUGUUACCGGGGGUGUCCCCAGGGACUGUUUGGGCACCAAACCCCCUGGGGCGGGUGAUGUCAGGGGGGCACAGAGAGGACCCCUUCUUGGAGGGACGGCGGUAACAUACCGAAGAGGCGUGACCGCCGGGUGCUAUUUCUGGCAAAAGGUGUAUGUGGGUCAGCCGGUGGCUCCCCCCGCGCCAGGAGCUGGCGAAGGAUUCUGGGGUCAGCCUCCCCCCCCCACGCCAUGCCACCCCAUCCCGCAGGCACCCUGAAAACCAGCUGGCGCCUGGGAGGGACAGAAAGGAGCAGGUGAACGCCGGCCUCGCCUCGGUACAUGAAUGUAUUUUAUUCAUCGCAUUUUGUUCACCAGUACAGUGAAAAAUGGCAUUUAAAUUUACAAUGGAUCAUUCGUAGAACAUCAUGACACAAGUAUCUUUUUUUUCCUUUUUUUUUUGUGUUUUUUUUCUUGGUUUUGUUUUUUGUUUGGUUUUUUUUUUUGUUGUGGUUUUUUUUUUGCGUCGUUGUCUCCAUAAAUGCCACUCGUAGGUUAUUGAAAAAGAUGACGAGUUUCUCAUGCACAUCAGACCCCCCAAGAAGCUUCUUAAAAAAUAAAAUUAAAUUAAAGUACAAAAUUAAAAA